CAUUCGCGUGCGACUGCCCGGGUCCGGAGGUUGUGAGCGGCAGCGGCUCCCCGGCGUGUAACUCCGGCAUCUCCUCGUCUGCGGCCUCUGACCUGGGGGCGAAGGAGGGAGCGGCGACAUGACCGACCGCUACACCAUCCACAGCCAGCUCGAGCACCUGCAGUCCAAGUACAUCGGCACCGGCCACGCCGACACCACCAAGUGGGAGUGGCUGGUGAACCAGCACCGCGACUCCUACUGCUCCUACAUGGGCCACUUCGACCUCCUCAACUACUUCGCCAUCGCGGAGAAUGAGAGCAAAGCGCGAGUCCGCUUCAACUUGAUGGAGAAGAUGCUGCAGCCUUGCGGGCCUCCAGCCGACAAGCCCGAGGAGAACUGAGGCCCCGCCUGCGAGCGCUGUGCGGGACCACCUGCCGCCGUCUCUCGUUUGCUGUCUCCCCUGCGUGUUUCUGCCCCCAGUGGGCCGAUGCUCCAUGGCUCCUGCUGCUCGUGCUGUCCUUAUUCAGCGGUGCUUACCUGGGGCGUCUCCCAGCUGACUUACCUGUCGGUGACCUUUCAGAACAGUGUUGGGAGCCUCAGGACCCCAGAGAACUGUGACCUUGCAGAGACCCUAAACCCAGCAAGCAUUAGGGGAGACGCUCGUGAGAACGGAUCUGGUAGCUCGUCUUUUGACUAGUUUAUUGUCAUUCUUGCUUUUUCCAUAAAAUUCCAUAAAAUAUUUCCAUAAAAUUUUUCCAUAAAAUUUCCAAAAAUUUCAGACUCUUGG